AAUAAACAGAGGGGGAGGGCGACGGAGCGAAGGAAGGAGAGACAUGCCACAGACACUUGAUUACUCAUUCACAUGAGGCAAGAGCAGACCCUCCACUACUGAUCACCCCCAGGAUGAACCACAGACCACUGCCAACUGUUCGCAACAGUCGGCCCACAGGUGACACCGACAGCCCCAAGACCAGCAGGAGCCGCGAUAACCUGCUGAUGUAUGAUGAUUUUGGGGAGGAAUACUGUUGUCCAGGAAGAUGUCUUGGCCACAGCAGCUCUGAGAGACAGCUCAUAGCUCGUCUUAGUGCUGCUAAACGACGCCAGGCUCUGCGAGGUCCUGCCUACAUGUUCUCUGCUCCCUCAGUGAGUCUGUCAGAGGCUGAGCAACGAUUCCUGGAAUCAGCUGAGUACGGCAACAUACCCGAGGUGCGCCGCAUGCUACUCCAUGUGCCCAACCUGAAUGUCAACGCUGUGGACUACAUGGGCCAAAAUGCACUGCAGCUGGCUGUGGCCAACGAACACCUUGAGGUCACGGAGCUCCUCUUGGGGAGAGCCGAUUUGGCCAGAGUGGGGGAUGCCCUCCUCUUAGCCAUCAGUAAAGGUUACGUUCGCAUCACAGAGGCCCUGCUCAGUCACCCUUCUUUUAGGGGCGCUCAUCGUCUGACAGCAAGCCCGUCUCAAGCAGACAUGUUGGAUGAUUUCUAUGCUUAUGAUGAAGAUGGAACAAGGUUUUCCCAUGAUGUGACUCCAGUGAUACUUGCAGCACACUGCCAGGAAUAUGAGAUAGUUCACACCCUCCUGAGUAAAGGGGCCCGCAUCGAUACUCCUCAUGACUACUUCUGCAGCUGCGACUCCUGCAACUACCAGCAGCAGUUUGACUCGUUUAGUCACUCACGCUCAAGGAUUAAUGCCUACAGGGGACUCGCCAGCCCUGCUUACCUCUCCCUGUCUAAUGAAGAUCCAGUGCUGGCAGCCCUGGAGCUCAGCAAUGAACUUGCCAUGCUGGCUGACAUUGAGAAAGAAUUUAAGAACGACUACAGCCGUCUGUCCAGUCAGUGUAAGGAUUAUGUGGUGGGUCUGCUGGAUCUGUGUCGCAGCACAGAGGAAGUGGAGGCCAUACUGAAUGGAGAAACAGCUUCUGAAGACAGCUGUGAAGUACCAGGUCGCCCUUCCCUCACAAGGCUCAAAUUAGCCAUCAAAUAUGAACUAAAAAAGUUUGUGGCUCAUCCCAACUGCCAGCAGCAGCUGCUGAGUAUCUGGUACGAGAACCUGCCUGGCCUGAGACAACAAACCACUGCCGUCAAACUACUGGUGGUGCUGGCUGUGGCUUUAGGACUGCCUGGACUGGCCAUGGCUUACUGGAUUGCUCCAUGCAGCAGAGUUGGAAAGGUGAUGCGCAGCCCCUUCAUGAAGUUUGUGGCCCAUGCAUCUUCCUUCACAGUUUUCCUGGGUCUUCUCAUUCUCAAUGCUGCUGACCGUUUUGCUGGCACCACCAUGUUGCCAAACAUGACCCAUCAUCAACAGCCUGGAGGUCCACAGCUCAAAUCUGACCCUCUGCUCCUCUACCGCAAGACCACCACACCUUUCACCUGGAUGGAGAUCUUAAUCAUUUCAUGGGUUAUAGGUAUGAUUUGGGCUGAAGUGAAGGAGAUCUGGAGUCAGGGACCAGGAGAGUAUCUGGUUGAACUGUGGAAUCUCCUGGACUUUGGAAUGUUGGCGAUCUUUCUCGCCUCCUUCAGUUGCCGAUUCUCUGCUAUGAGACAUACGGACUUAGCUCAGAGCUAUGUAUACAAACACUGUAAAACACUAGUCAGACUUCCCCCAGAGAUACACUACUUCACUCUGGCCCGUAUCUACUGGAUGCCGUCAGAUCCCCAGCUUGUGUCAGAGGGCCUUUACGCAGUUGCAGUGGUGUUGAGCUUCUCGCGGAUUGCUUACAUCCUCCCAGCCAACGAGAGCUUUGGUCCACUUCAGAUCUCUUUAGGCAGGACCGUCAAAGACAUCUUCAAGUUCAUGGUCAUCUUCCUCCUAGUCUUUCUGGCGUUCAUGAUCGGCAUGUUCAACCUUUACUCUUAUUAUCUGGGGGCAAAGCAGAAUGACGCCUUUACCACACUGGAGGAGAGCUUCAAGACUUUAUUCUGGGCUAUAUUUGGACUGUCUGAGGUCAAGUCUGUUGUGAUCAACAAUGGACACAAAUUCAUAGAGAACAUUGGUUAUGUGCUGUACGGGGUUUACAACGUUACCAUGGUGAUAGUGCUUCUCAACAUGCUCAUUGCCAUGAUUAACAGCUCUUUUCAGGAGAUUGAGGAUGAUGCUGAUGUUGAAUGGAAGUUUGCUCGGGCAAAACUUUGGUUCUCCUACUUUGAGGAGGGAAGGACACUUCCUGUGCCUUUUAACCUGGUGCCCAGUCCAAAAUCUAUACUGGGACUGGCCACGGCUAUCAAAUCCCAGCUCCAGCAUUUUAUGGAAAGACACCGUGAGAAGAGAAAUGACAUGCAACUCAAACAGCUUGGGGAGAACAACAUUUCAGAAUACGGAGGUUCUGCCAGUACAACACGAUAUCAGAAGAUCAUGAAGCGUCUGAUCAAGCGUUACAUCAUCAAAGCUCAAGCAGACAAAGACAGUGACGAGAUCACUGAAGGUGAGUUGAAAGAGAUCAAGCAGGACAUCUCUAGUCUGCGAUAUGAGCUGUUGGAGGAGAAAUCACAGAAUAUGGAGACACUUGAUGUCCUGCUGAGGAGGCUGGGAGAGAUCAGUUUACCUUCAUCAUAGCGCUGACUGCUGAAUCGACAUUGUCUUAAAACUGUACAGUACAAAGGGUUUUGUCUGCUCGCCAUUGUGCAGACAUGUCAGUACAAAAAAAACAAAAAAAAAAAAAACACUGUGAUGAUAAAGUAAGAAUAAAUUUAUGUUGAUAGAGAAUUAAAAAUGAGUUGGCUCAUCAUACAGUUUUGGAUUUGGUGCAAAACAUCAUAUGGAUAAUGUCUGAUGAUGAGAAAAGCAUUUAACAGGUACAAUUGUGGGACCAUUUUAAUGAACAGAUCAAUAAGACAAAUAUUUUCCAGUUUCUCUGUCCUGCAAAUAAAAGUACAUACUAGUGUGUAUUUUGCAACGUACACUGUUUAUGAUUCUUUGUUUUUAAUGACUUAAUGACAGAAAAUUCAAUGACUGUGACUCAUGAGCUCAUGAUUGGUUUAUU